UGCUGUGUUUUCAACGGAGGGAGAGCCGAGAAGAAAAAUGGCGUCUGCAGGCGACCCAGAGCGGGACACCGGCCAUUCAGUUUGAGCUUUCCGCCCUGAAAUUGAGGCCGGGGCUUGGUGGGGACCAAUCGGCGACCGUCACCGUAUCUGUUGUUUUUUUCUUCCCCGUUUUUCUCCGUUGUGCGUGGCUCAUUCCAGCACCGAGAUUGAAGCGGAACAGAAGAGACUCUCUCCUACAAUGAGGGGGAGAAGAGGAAGGCCGCCUAAACUAGCAGCCGUGAUGCGGGAAGGUUCACCCGGGCCAGUCCGCGGCUCGCGGGGCGGCAGGAGUAGAGGGAUGCGUGGACGGGGAAGAGGUAGAGGACGAGGUCGAGGACGAGGGGGAGGUGGAGUUGUUUGUGGCACUGGCUCUAUGGAGGUGGACACAGAAAUAUCCGGCCGAGAGAACUUUCAUUCGUCCCGGGGCCGCAGGAAAGUUGGAACCUCUACCACGGCGGCAGCCGCGGCAUCGCGGGGCAGAGGAGGUAGAGGGAGAGGCAGGGGGUCUAGAGGCGGCCGCGGCAGUAGAGGCGGAGUGAGGCGGCCACAAACCAAGGUGGUCUACGACGAUAACAGCGACGAGGAGGAGGAUAAUUUAAGCUACCGGUCAGACGAAGAUGAACUCCUGAACGACAACCCUUCAUCCGAUCUCGAAGAAGAGGAGGCCUUUGGAAACGACUCUGACUAUCUAGAGGAACUACCAGAGGAUGAUGAUGCCAGCUACUGUACCGAGAGUAGUUUUAGAAGCCACAGCACGCUCGGUAGCACCCCAGGCCGGAGAAGGAGUCGAGCUCUGCGACCGAGCUCUCCCAUUCUUGAGGCAAAGGACAUUCCUCCCUUGGAGCUUCCCAAGACUUCCGAGGACCUCCUGGUUCCUACCUCACAGCUCCUCAAUGUGUCUGCCGUCUAUGAGGUCCUCCGCAACUUUGGCACAGUGUUGCGGCUUUCCCCGUUCCGAUUUGAGGAUUUCUGUGCAGCCUUGGCUAGCCUGGAACAGUGCACACUGCUGGCAGAGACCCACAUCUCCCUUCUUAAAGCUAUUCUCAGAGAGGAGGACACUUCCAACACCACAUUUGGUCCCGCUGACGUGAAGGACUCCGUUAAUUCCACUCUCUAUUUUGUGGAUGGUAUGACUUGGCCAGAGGUGGUGCGCGCAUAUUGCGAGAGUGACCCAGAGUACCGGCACAUUUUGCCUUUCCAGGAGUGUGAGGAUUACCCCUAUGAACCAUUGGAGAGCAAAAUUAAAGUUCUUCAGUUUUUGGUGGACCAGUUCUUGGCAACCAACAUUGCCCGUGAGGAGCUUAUGUCAGAAGGAGUGGUUGCCUACGACGACCACUGCAGGGUGUGCCAUCGUCUUGGUGAUCUGCUCUGCUGUGAGACAUGUUCAGCUGUUUACCAUCUGGAGUGUGUGAAGCCACCACUGCAGGAAGUGCCAGAGGAUGAGUGGCAGUGUGAGGUGUGCGUGGCACACAAGGUGCCCGGUGUGGCGGACUGUAUUCCCGAGGUGCAGAAGAGCAGACCAUUUAUUCGUCAACUACCAGUUGGCUAUGACCGACACAACCGUAAAUACUGGUUCCUGAAUCGCCGUAUUGUUGUUGAGGAGGACGGUGAGCAGGAGGACAAAGCCAUCUGGUACUACAGCACCAAGGUUCAACUAGCUGAGCUGAUAGACUGCUUGGAUAAGGAGUACUGGGAGGCGGACCUGUAUGCAGCCCUUGAGGAGAUAAGGGAUGAGGUGCACAUGCAUAUGGACAGCACUGAGGACCUAACCAACAAGGCCCGAGGCAGCAACAAGUGCUUCCUCACAGCGGCCAAUGAGGAGAUCUUGGAGCGAUUGCGGGCUAAGAAGGAGGAGGAGCUGGAGGAGGUGAAAAGACGGGCUGCCGAAGAGGCCCAGAAAGCACGGCUGGAGAAAGAGAAGAAAGAGGUGGAGGUUGAAAAGGAAGAUGAAGAGGCCAAGUUGAUGGAUGAGGGACAACAGGAGGGGCAAACACAAGAUCUGACAAAGGAAGAGGAAGAGCAGCAGACUAAAGAAGAAAAGGCCAAAAAGGAUGCCGUCAAAAUAAGAGUCGGUGAAACUCCGCCCACUGACCAAGAGGGCAGUAGCAUCUCAGACGGGCCUGUACUUCCACCAACUUCUUCUCCAACACAAACCACCAAUAUGAGCUCUAGUCCGGCCACUGAGGCUGUAAAGCCCCCGGCCUCCUGUGUAGAGGCACAGACAGAGGGAUGUUCCCAUAUGGAGGUCUCUAACACCACAGGAGCAGAACUCCCAUCAUCGGAUUCUGUCCCUGUCAGUGGAGACGGUGUCCCCAACCUAAGUCAGUCCUCCCAACCCAUCGAGGAGAACAGCAACAGCAGCACAGGCGCUGGUGUCCCUCCCAGGGGUCCCGAACCCCCAGACUUGGCUGACAAAUCCUCCCAGUCCUCUCUGGCCAGCUUUGAUGAAGCAGGGGAUGGUAAAGACUCGACCAAUGGUGAGACGGCAGGUGUGGGCAAUAAGAAGUCCUCGGCAACUCGCAUGGUGACCCGGCUGAGGAACCCAGACAGCAAGCUGAGCCAGAUGAAAAACCAACAGGUUGCAGCUGCUGUUCAUGAAGCCAAUAAGGGCUUCAAGGAGGGCAAGGAGGUCCUGGUAGUAAAUGCACAAGGUGACAUUACCCGUGUCAGCACUCGCAGCAAGGAGGUUGUGAUGAAGGGGACCCUCAGCCAAUACUUCAAGCUUGGCCAGGAGGGAAAGUACCGUGUCUAUCAUAACCAGUACACCUCCAAUGCCCUGGCCCUCAACAAGCACCAGCACAGAGAGGAUCAUGACAAGAGACGACACCUCUCACACAAGUUCUGCAUGACACCAGCAGGAGAAUUUAAAUGGAAUGGGUCUAUUCACGGCUCUAAGGUUCUGACCAUUUCCACACUGAGACUCACCAUCAUCCAGCUGGAGAACAACGUUCCAGCACCAUUCAUGCAUCCAAACUGGGCCUCACACAGAACCAAUUGGAUCAAAGCUGUUCAGAUGUGCAGUAAGGCCAGAGAGUUUGCCCUGGCCCUGGCCAUCCUGGAGUGUGCCAUCAAACCUGUGGCUAUGCUGCCUGUCUGGAAGGACUCUCUGGGGCAUACCAGGUUAAACCGCAUGACAUCCAUGGAGCGUGAGGAAAAGGAGAAAGUGAAGAAGAGGGAGAAGAAACUAGAAGAUGAGGAGACGAUGCAACAGGCCACAUGGGUCAAAUACACCUUUCCAAUUAAGCACCAGGUGUGGAAGCAGAAAGGAGAGGAGUAUCGUGUUACAGGGUAUGGGGGUUGGAGUUGGAUCAGUAAGACUUAUGUGCAGCGGUUUGUCCCUAGGCUUCCUGGCAACACCAAUGCCAACUACCGCAAAGAACUUGAAGAUUCUAAACUUGGCAAGAAAUGUACUCUUCUGGAUUUGAGUCGACGGCCCAGUGUAGUCACACUAGAAUCUCAGGAAGCUGCUGCCUUAAGCACUGAUGCAAAAGAUGAAGACUCCUCCUGUAGCCUUCCCAAGCCAGUGUCUGAUCAUCUGGUGGCUAUGGAAGAGUCAGAGUCCAAUGAGGUGAUGCCAGAAGAAACUAAAGAAGGGCACGACAAAAAAGAAAAGAGGAAGUCAGUUGAAUUGCCAAUGGAUGAAUCACCUGCAAAGAUGGAGGUGGAUCCCUCAGAUUCACCAUCAGAUGAUGGACAAAGGUCCGUUGUUCAUGAGGAUAAAGCUUCCUUGAAAGAGGAGCCUACAGAAGGCCUUGUACGACCAUUUAACUACGAUGUAGUUGAUGUCAGCAAAGGCUUCCUCACCCGCAUUGCUUACAAGAAGAAAGUAAAAUCAUCCAAGCUGGACUGCCUGCUGGAGCGCAGAGUGAAACAGCACAUUAUUGAAGAGAAACAAAGACAGCAGGUGUCUGCCUCCAAGCCCCAGGUUCCUACACCAGUUACGUCUACUUCAGCCCUUGCUAUUAGCACUCCAGUCCGGCCACGGUCUCCGCUCAAGCCCCAUACUCUUACUCAGUCACGGCUCACACUUGGUGAAGCUGUGAAAGUGGAAGAGAAAUCUUCCCUAACACAAACUCCAGAGACUGGAGAAGUUGAAAGACAAGAAGUAGAAGGGGAGAGUCAUGCUGAACUUUCUAAAACUACAGAAAAGAUUGUCAAUCCUCUACCUUCCCCUGUUUCAGACUCCACACCCAAAGACAGUUGCAGUACAGGUACAGGUGACGAUUCACCUCAAAACCAAACCACCUCCAUGCCCCAAGAACUGGAGGAAAAUUUCAUGGAAAGGACUAUGGGGCCAAAAGAAGCUAGUUCUGAAAGUUCAGGACAAGAGGGUGUCAAACUGCCUGAUGGUCAAGAAACAACAGCUAGUGGAAUUCACCGCUCUUUAGAGCAACAAACAGUCUGUGUUGCAUCAGAUGUUACUAAGACUGCAAGUAUUGACAAUACAGGGUCUCGGGUACCCAAUUUGAAGUUAGACUCUAUAAGGACAUUUCCAAACGUUCCUGACCAAAAUAGCAGUCAAGACACAUCUGCUAAACCUAAUCAGCAAAAUCCGCAGACAUUAAGCUCAGUGCAUUCAGGCACAGAGGAAAAUGGCAUGGGGCCAAAGGAGAACCAAGAAAAUAUGCAAGGCAUUGGACAUGGUAGAACCUUAGGUGAUAGCACUCCCGAGCCAGUUUCUCCUCUCCCUCAGGUAAAUGGUAAUGAUGGCUUGGGGAGUGAAAGCCUAUUGACUAACUCUGUAAUAAGCUCAAAUAAUGGUGAGGUCACCAACAGGUCCCAGUCAAAGGUGAAUACCAUUGGUAAAGUUGAAGAGCAAGGGCUGGUUGCUUCACUGAAAGAUGGCAGUCAGCAAAAGCCUUUAGUAAACGGAGAUUUUGCUCCUGUAAACAAUACAGUGGAUGCCAGGUCAAACGAACCAAGUAUUGUUUCUAAAGUAAUGGUAGAGAGCAAGGUAUCAGUAUUGGAUCAGGAUUACAAACCUCCAGUGAAGAUUACAAGGCUAGCAAACAACGUAGACACACUUGGAGGUAAUACUCAGUGUGUCCAGCACAAUAGCACUUCAGCUUUUCAGUCUGUGGAGACCAAACCCAGUGCAAAGGUCAAAAUCAUAAGAAUGCCCCCAUCUCCUAUACCUUCAGCGGAAGAGUCCAGUCUAAGUGACGACUUUACUGAGGAGCAUAGCAACAGUGGGACAAAGGAACCACUCAGGACCAUUGUCACUCAAGUAACCACAACCUCCACCACAACAGUAGUUUCCACUGAGGUGAAGAUAGCCGAAAGGCCAUCAAAACCAUCUGGAGAAUUGACAGUGCCUGCCGCGUCAACGACAGAAAGCAGCGCAGUGUCUACCCUUACCACCAUGACCAAAACAACUGUGACCAAAAUCUGUUCCUCUGGGCUUGAUGGUCAGUCAGAAGAUAGCCAGAGUGAAAUAGUAACCCAAGAACAGAAAACGACACUCUCAGCCUCUAUCAGCGAGGCGACAACUGACACCAAUGGUAGAAUCUCAGUGUCAUCUGUUGCUGUGAGCCAGGAGGAUUCUACAUCAACAAAGGGCCGUGUUCGCCUCCUCAAAUUCUCCCGCACCAAGAAGAUGCGCUCGGAUACAGCCCUGCCUUCUUACCGCAAGUUUGUCACCAAAAGCAACCGGAAGAGUAUUUUUGUACUGCCUCAUGAUGACUUGAAGGUGCUGGCAAGACGAGGUGGAUUCCGCGAGGUUUCCAUAUUCAGUUACAAUGCAAAGCCAGCAUCGGAUAUCUGGCCAUAUCCUUCACCAAGGCCCACAUUUGGCAUCACCUGGCGGUAUCGACUGCAGACGGUGAAGUCUCUUGCUGGAGUGAGCCUUAUGUUGAGGCUCCUGUGGGCCUGCCUGAGAUGGGAUGACAUGGCGGUCAAACCGUCCGCUGCUGUUGGCACCACACGUACAGCCCUAUCCCCACUCAUUGCUACAGAGACAUCAGACACUGAAAUAACCACCACCGAGAUCAUUAAGCGCCGUGAUGUGGGACCCUACGGCAUUCGCUCCGAGUACUGCAUCCGCAAAAUCAUCUGUCCUCUUGGAGUGCCUGAGACUCCUAAAGAAACCCACACGCCUCAGAGGAAGGGUCUGCGAUCGAGUGCCUUGCGCCCCAAAAAGCCUGAGCCUGCCAAGCAGACGGGCCCAGUGGUGAUUGAGACCUGGGUGGCUGAAGAGGAGCUGGACCUCUGGGAGAUUAGAGCCUUCUCAGAAAGGGUGGAGAAAGAGAAGGCACAGGCAGCAGAGCAGGCCAAGAAACGUCUUGAGCAGAAAACAGGCUCAGUGACGGCUUCCCUAACAGGGACUCCCGUAACGCCCGCUACCACGCCCAAAGUCAUAGUUGGUUCGCUGUCAGGCCAGGGCACGCCGAACACCAAGGUGGUGCUGUCCACCAAGAUGGGCAACCCCGUUACAUUCCAGCAGAACAAGAACUUCCAGCAGUCAUUCGCCACCUGGGUCAAGCAGGGGCAGAGCACACAAGGAGCGGGCACAGAGACCACCGUGGCUACAUCUGGUGGACACACUUUCCAGAUUACAGGAACUUCAGUCGGUGGAAAGGUUGUGACCACCAAGCUCCCGCUGCCCGCCAACAGCAAGAUCGUCACGGUCAACGUGCCAACUUCACAAGGAGGUGUGGUUCAACAGAAGGUGCUGGGUAUCAUCCCGUCCAGUACAGCGGGCGGUGCCCAGACCUACACCACAUUCCAGCCCCGCACUACCACACUCAACAUCAGGCCUAACACGCCCGGCUCUCAGCAGCAGGUUCUGGCAAGUGGUGGUCAGAUCCGUCCAGGAAUGACAGUGAUCCGAACCCCAAUCCAGCAGACAGGAACAAUGGGGAAGACGAUACUCCGAACCCCCCUCGUGGUCCAGCAAGGUCAGGGUGGACAGCAAGUUGUGGCACAGAUCAUUCGUGGCCAGGCAGUUUCCACGGCAGUAUCCGCUGCCAGCCCCGUUGCCACGGUCACAGGCCAGGGAGUGUCCAGCCCCAAUGCAGCAGGCCAAACACCGCCCGGCACCCCACGGGUACAGGGACAAGGCCAGGUUAAACUCACCGUGGCACAGCUCACCCAACUCGCACAGAAGCAGCAGGCUGGGUCUAGUGUGGAUCGACAGGCUGCUGGUGGUACACAACAGGCUCUGACGGUGAUGGUCCAGGGUCAAGGUCAGACGGCCGGCCAGCUGCAGGUCAUACCUCACGGGGUGACCGUCAUUCCAGGACCUGGCCAGCAGCUCAUGCAGGCAGCACUACCUAACGGCCAGGUGCAGCGCUUCCUCUUCACCCCCUUGGCAUCAGCUGCCACCCCCACAUCAAGCACAGCCACAUCUGUCCCCAGUCAGCCCAACUCCACCACCAAAACCCCAGCCCAGCCUGCACAGCAGGCCGCAGCACCUGUCCAAGCAGGAACGACGCCGUUGGCCACUACCAGCACCCCUUCAUCGGCCACCCCUCAGGGCCAGUUGCCCCCUCAGACGCAGGCCCAUAUGCCCAUCCAGUCUCCCACCUCACUGCAGGUUAAAACACAGGGAGGAACCACCCAGCUGCAGGUGCAGCAGACGCCCCAGCUCAUCAGUGUGUCUGGACUGCAGCAACAGGUACAGGUGUUGGCUCAGCUGCAGGCCCAGCAGGGUGGAGGCUCUCUGCCACAGCACAUCAAACUGCAGCUUCCUAUCCAGAUACAACAGAGUGGGACCACCUCAGCUCAGGGAGGACAGAUUGGAAAUGUGGUUACCAUCCAGGCAGCAUCUGUCCAGGAGCAACUGCAGAGGAUCCAGCAGCUCAGAGAGCAGCAGCAGCAGAAGAAGAGACAAGCAGCAGAAGCGAAGAGAGAGCUAGCUCUCAACGCAGCCAGCCAGAGCGACAUCAUUCAGAAACAGGUGGUGAUGAAACAAAAUGCUGUGAUUGAGCACCUGAAGCAGAAGAAGACCAUGACGCCUGCAGAGAGAGAAGAAAAUCAAAGAAUGAUUGUAUGCAACCAGGUGAUGAAGUACAUCCUAGACCGGAUAGACAAAGAUGAGAGGCAAGCUGCCAAAAGGAAAAAGAAGGAAGAGGUGGUGGAGGCUAAGAGGAGGUUGGCCAAUGCUAGCAAGCUCUCCUCGCUCCUUUACCGGCACAAAGAGAGCCUCAAGAUGGAGAUUCUGAAGAAGCGGGCACUUCUUGACAAGGAGCUUCAGCUAGAGGCCCAGGAGGAGCUGAAGAGGGACCUGUUGCGGAUGCGGAGGGAGAAGGAGAGAGCUCAGGCUGCGGCCCAGCAGGCAGCCCAGGCUGCCGCUGCCGCCGCUCUUAGCCAGCAACAGCAGGCACUGGCACACUCACACGGCAUCACCUCCCAACACCACCUCACCACGACCGUCGCCUCGUCACACAAGAGGAAACGGGAGGAGGAGAGGGAGAUGGCAACGACAGCCAAGUCCAAGAAGAAGAAGAUGAUCUCGACAACAAGUACAAAGGAGAGCAAGAAGGACACCAAGCUCUACUGCAUCUGCAAGACGCCCUACGACGAGACCAAGUUCUAUAUUGGCUGCGACCUGUGUACCAACUGGUAUCAUGGAGAGUGUGUGGGCAUCACAGAGAAGGAGGCCAAGAAAAUGGACGACUACAUCUGUGUGGAGUGUAAACGGGGCCAGGAGAGCAGUACAGAGGAGCUAUACUGCAUCUGUCAGACACCAUAUGAUGAAUCCCAGUUUUACAUUGGCUGUGAUCGAUGUCAAAACUGGUACCACGGUCGCUGUGUGGGGAUCCUGCAGAGCGAGGCCAACCACAUAGACGAGUAUGUGUGUCCGCAGUGUCAGUCGACAGAAGAUGCCAUGACGGUCCUCACGCCGCUCACUGACAAGGACUACGAAGGCCUGCGAAGAAUCCUGCGUUCCUUACAGUCUCAUAAAAUGGCGUGGCCGUUCCUGGAGCCAGUGGAUACGAAUGAUGCCCCGGACUACUACAGGGUUAUCAAGGAACCAAUGGACCUUUCCACCAUGGAGGAGAGGUUACAGAAGCGUGAGUACAUCAAGCUGACAGAGUUUGUAGCAGACAUGACCAAAAUCUUUGACAACUGCCGCUACUACAACCCCAGCGACUCGCCCUUCUACCAGUGUGCCGAGGUUCUGGAAAACUUCUUUGUCCAGAAGCUCAAAGGCUUCAAAGCCAGCAGGUCACAUAACAACAAGCUACAGUCAGCAGCCUCUUAGCUGCUUCCUAAAAACCAGGUCAGAAAGACUUGAGGUUUCCUCUGAAUGAUUGACACCUGUGGUCCAGGUCGGGCUCCAUCUGGCCCCGAGCCCUCUCUGAAGGAGAGCGGGCCACGCCACUGGUGUCAAAGUGCCCCACCCUUCAACAAGUUCAUUGCAGUGCUAAGGGUCAUGAGACAGAAGUCCCACCUUCAGACCAGGAGCAGGGCAGCUGCAGAUUCUUGUAUCCCAACCGGCCAUUCCUACCCAUGUAGCCCCUCCACGAGAAGAAAACUGCAGCCGGUGAAGCAAGAUGGCAGAUGAAGAUGAUGCGUAGUCUUGUUGGAUGCUCACCGCGCCGUAGUCUCAAUGCAGCGGACGCUAAACGUUCUGUAGCUGAUCGAUAUUUUUGUGUGCCAUAGCCAAGUGUUAGCUUCUCGUUCUUCCCCCUCAGAGCGUCUUUAAUUUCGUUACGCCACAUUUUCACAACACAUACAUCCCAUUCAAGGUUAGUCCCGUCUCCAGAUGGACGUAGCUGUAGCUGUACAUUCGCAUCAUCACAAUGUGCAGGCUUCACGAUCAUGUGCAGUACUGUGAAGGUUCUCAGUCAUCCAGGUAACGGUAUAUCCAAAACGGCAAGCUGCAACUAGUCCAGUUUACAUUGUUUCAGCUUGUUUUUUUUUUUUUUUUUUAAAGAUAAUAAAAAACAGUACCUGGCAGUGUACUCUUCUCAUAUUAAACAGCUUCUUACCUGUGAGCGUUUUGUUUAUGCUGAAGGAGCAUAUGUCGCUCCUUGUCCGUCACCAGGAAAAAAAAACAAAAAACAGAAAUAACUGGUCCUAGUUAUUUUGACCACAUUAUUUUGACGCUACCCUCAGGUAUGCAGCCCUGCACAAAGUUUGAGCCACAUUCAUUACGAAAUCUGUCAGUGGUACAUGUCAUUGUUCAUUCCCUAUAAAAGUAGCCUAAUGCUGAGAUGAUCCAAGGUAGCUUCUUGGAUAAAAUAUCUGAGAUUCUGUUUUCAGUCAGGCCUAUCCACGGCAGUCCAUUAAUUAAUUCAAGAGUUCUUCACUUUGUCUGAGGGUCAUGAUUCUUUCAUGUUAAUAUCCAGAGGGGAAACACCCAGGACAGGCCACCACACCCACCACAUCCUGCCUCUCUUUGUCCUUUUUAAUGUUCCGAAAUGUAAGUGAAAAAAUGUCUCUGUGCUCUGUUAAACUGUUUGAAUAUUUGAAGGAGGUAGAGGACCAGAUGUGUUGAAAAGAGUGUGUUAACUUUUCAGGGAAGGUGAACCUACAAGUACUGUACCUCUCUCCAUGUUCACUGUCUGAUCAGAGCUCUGUGUCUGGGACUCUGCAUCUCAGCCCUUAUCUGUCAGCCACUUCUUCUAGCAUAUUUCAUUGAAGCUGACAGGUUGGCUCACAUAUGUCUCUCAACUCGCCCUCAAAGCCUGGUUAAGUAAUUGGAUAAUGGACUUUUCCACUCAGCAUCAACUCAGUUAUGUUGCGGUCUGCGGCAGCAUGUCUGGGAGUAAACUUUGAGUGGGGACUGGGGAGUCUUUGUACCGUGGGGUUUGUAUAAAAAAUUUUAUAGCUGCAUUUUUAUCAUAUCUGGGAACAUUUUUGUAAUUCGUGAUUAUCAGUUUUGUAGGAAGGGAGCAGUUAUAAGACUCAAGUCGUCUUUAAGUUAAAAGGUUAAAACACUGUUAGAAAUUGGGGAAACAUUUCAGUUUCAAUCGCAGACUUUAUACUUUUUUGUGCGUUUAACUUGAGUUGAGAGAUAAUGGAGCGUCUGUCUUCUUCUUUGUCUUUCACGCAAAUGUUCGUCACUGUAACCUGAUGAUGAGGAUGAUGAUGUUCUUUAUCCUCUGUUUAUAAUCUCUUGUAUAUUAUUGCUGUCCAAAUAUGUAGAGUUGAAAUUUUUUUUAGAUGAGUAGAAACUUUUAUUUUUCACUAUUUGAACCAGCAACUAAGCCCGCCUGUAUAUUUUAACUAUUUUUUCUCUUUAAUUGAAGUGAACUCUACAUUUAAGUGAAGUUGCCCUUUAUAUUAAAAGUGCUGCAUAUUGUGAGCAUAACGGUUUUGAACAGGGGGGGAUGAGAGUUUUUCUUUUUUGUAAGAAACCAACCAAUUCCGCAUAACUUCUAUAUUGACAUUGCAUUUCUUGUAUUAUUUAUUCAUAUCAAUGAAAAAUUCUCAGUUUUUUGAGUAAUGUUGAAGAAACGUUAACAGCAGAUAAAAAGUACUCUAUGUUUUUAACAGACUGUGGCAACUCUGAAGAGAUUCUCUUUUGUACUUGAUAGGACAUUUCAUCCUAGAUAAUAAAGAAAUGUUUUUGACACCA